CAUCAUCUGUCUCGUCUCGCCUGAGGUGUGUUAGCGCUGCUAGCUAGUAAUGGAACAAUUUCACGGUUUUCGCUGAUUGUAAUCGAUGAAUUAUGUUUACUUUGAACUAAACAGCAUGGGAAUGGGGUUAAGUAACAAUUAUUUAAGCAUUUCUGGGUAUUUUGAGGCAGUUACCCGUAAGAUCACACGGUAGGUAGCGCUUCAGUCAAUGAUUGUUUUGGAUCGCUCCUCCUCUUCUUCCCUUGUCUCGCUGGUCUCCACUUUAUAAGCGACUUGUCACUGUCACCUGACUCGGGGAGGAAACUGACAAAUGGGAUAUGUAACGUAAGGUAUCGACCACAACGUCCUCGUGUUUUCCCAGUAAAGGAGAGGCAAAGAUCCACGUAGAGACAUGCCGUAAAACCCUAUCAGGAGCCCCGGAGACGUGGCGUUUUAAGAUUACCAUUCCAGUUCCAGUGUUUUUAGGGUUCCUCCGUGAUCAUGUCGGACCCGGACAGGUCGCUGCCUCUGUGCCGGAGACUGAGCUAUGCGGUCGGGCACUUUCUCAACGAUCUGUGCGCCUCCAUGUGGUUCACAUACCUGCUGGUGUUUUACCACGACGUGCUCGGUUUCCAGAACACGUAUGCAGGUCUUUUGCUGCUUGUGGGCCAGAUCGCGGAUGGCAUCUGUACUCCUCUGAUUGGCUAUGAGUCUGACAGAACCCCUGGAUGUGGCAACUAUGGCAAGAGGAAGACCUGGCACCUAGUGGGCUGCCUGAGUGUGGCGCUGUCAUUUUCCUUCAUCUUUAACCAGUGCCUGGGCUGCUCCCCGCAGACGCCGCAGUGGGCCAGUGUGCUUUACUUUGUCCCCUUCAUCAUCGUCUUUCAGUUUGGAUGGGCUGCUGUGCAGAUCUCACACCUGUCCCUCAUCCCUGAGCUGGUCCGCUGUGAGCACGCCAAGGUCGAACUCACCGCGUACAGGUAUGCGUUCACAGUGAUGGCUAACAUCACAGUGUACGCUCUGGCCUACCUGCUGUUCCACAUGCAGAGUGGAGAGGACAUGGACGCACUGGGACCUGUGGACAUCCCCGUCUUCAGGAACCUGGCUCUGCUAGUCCUGGGCAUAGGUCUGGUCUUCUCUCUGUUCUUCCACCUCGGCACCUCAGAGCACCGCAGCAGAACAGGAGCAGAGGAGAGCGGGGAACAGAGCCCUCUACUGGCCCCACGCACCACUACACUGUCUACUCUGCUGCAGUGGAAGUGCUGGCUCAAGCAGCCUUCAUUUUACCAGGUGGCGCUGUUGUAUAUGUCCACCAGGCUGAUAGUGAAUCUGUCCCAGACUUAUAUCUCCAUGUACCUGGUGAACACUCUGGGGCUGGAAAAGAAGUUCAUCGCCACCAUCCCUCUGGUCAUGUAUCUGAGCGGGUUCCUCUCCUCAUUCAUCAUGAAGCCCGUUAGUAAACUCAUCGGGAAAUCUCUGACGUACUUUCUGGGCCUGCUCCUGAUCAUGACCUUCUCGUACUGGGUGCUCCUGGAUGAGGCGAUGGGUCAGAGGGUGUACGGUGCCGCAGUGCUGCUAGGAGCGGGGUCAGCGACUAUUCUGGUCAUCUCAUUAUCCAUGACUGCUGAGCUCAUCUCUGACCAGACGCAAAGUGGAGCGUUUGUGUACGGAGCCAUGAGCUUUACAGAUAAACUGGCCAAUGGGCUGGCGGUCAUGUUGAUCCAGAGCCUGCAUCCCUGUCAUACUGUGGUGUGCUGUCCAGCCUGCGUCUGGUUCUAUCAUUACGUCAUGGUGAUCGUGACGGGGGGCGUGGCCUUUGUGGCGGCUCUGGCUCUCUGCUCCAUCCUCAUCUGGCCAAUCAAGAUCCGUGCACGAGAUCUACCGGAGGUCACUGAAGACAACUCCACAGUGAACUAACAUCAGGGAUUUUAACUUUGAUCAAAGAAAAACACUUUUAAACCACAGAGAAGAGAAAGGAAGAGUGCACUUUACAGCAGAGGACAAACUGCUGAUAACACGAGAGAACAAGGAAAUCCAAGAGUUCCUGCAGCACUUGGAGCUGAUCUCUGUAAAAACAAAUGUCUUUUAUAUUUGAAGAGUCUUUUUAAAGGCCAUUUUAGUGCAUCAGCUUUAACUCUGGAAAUGUUUUAACCAGGUCAAAUCAUGUAAACUACCAGUCAAAAGUUUGAACAGUUUUUAAUUUUUGUUUCUUCUUUUAUUCUUAGGAUUAUUUACACUGUAGAUGCUCACUAAAGGCAUCAAAACUAUGAAUGGACACAUGGAAAAAAGUCUUAAAAAAAACAAAAAAUAAUUCCAAACUGAGAUUUUAGAUUUUUAAUAAUAAAAGAAUGAGAACUUUGCACGUCAGUUACUUGAGACGGGUGCGUUGGAGGAGAUGAAGCAGACCAAGAACAUAGAGAAAAAUCCCACACACUGUCUUACUUGCAAAUUGUGAAAUUUAUUAGGACAAACUGUGCAAUGCUUCAGCACUGGGCCUUCGUCAGGCAAAACCUUUUUGAUGGCUCAGUGCAGAAAUGUUGCACGGUUUAUUCUAAUGAAUUCCACAAUUUGCAAGUAAGACAGUGUGCUGGAUUUUUCCUCUAGAUUUUAAAUAAUAUCCACCCUUUGCUUUGAGUCCUGGUUUGCACUUUUGGCAUUUCUUGACCCUGACAUGGCACAGCUGUGAACCAUUUCAGGAGACUUCAUCAAGAAACUCAUUGAGAGAAGGCCAAAGGUUUGAAGGGCUGUUAACAAAGGAAAGGGUCGAUACUUUAAAUAUUUUUUAAUAUUUUAAAUUAAAAUCCUUAGUUAGUUAUUUAACUUUUUGAUCUUUGCUCCACAGUUCCAUAUACCUCGUGUCAUAUUUGUAGUCUUCUGUAUAUGUUUACUACUUUCUAUAUUUUAAAUACCAAAAAAAAACAUUGAAUAAGGAAGGCUGUUCAAAUUUUUGACUGGUAAUUUAAGUUAUACCUCAAGACGAACAAAUGGAUUUACAAGGAAAGCAAAACACGCAUAAGUCUAUUAAAGGCGCACUAUGUAACUCUUCUGCUUGACUACAGAGUCUGCUGCGUUCUUGUCUCCAUGGAGAUGUUAUAGCUUUGCCUGUAAUGUCCCUCAGUUUGGCAUUAAACUCAUCUGGCAUUUCCACCAAUCUGCAACUUGGCCUCAGGAAGCCGCCUGCUCGUCUCUAUGGAGAUCCAAAAGUUUAAUGCCGUACUGUUGAACAUUCCAAGCAAAGUAGUAAAGCAGAAAAAAGUUAUACAGUGCUUCUUUAAUUUAUUGUGACCAAAUGGAAUGUAGGAAAAAAAUAGGACAAAUAUUAUACGGAUAACAGAAGGAAAAUUGAAAUGGGACAGAAUUCCAAAGAAAUGAAUGAAUAGAUGUUUGAAUGGAAAGAUCAGAAAUGGUGCAACACAGGCCCGUUAAACAGUCUGUUCUAAUGUUGUUUCCUCAUCACAAACAGACCUGGAGUUGUAUGUGAAUGAAACAAAACACAUUUAACAAACAACCUCUGUAUAUUUAGUCUUUCUCUCACACUGAAAACACUGUUCCCCCUUGUGAUGUGUCAUUAAAUGGUAAUGCAAGAAGCACUCUACUUUGUUUUUAAACUCCAUCCAUCUUCAUAAGAAUUAUUUUGAUAAUUUCGGGAAAAAACAUUCUGUUAACCUUAAAACUACCACUACAUGACAUCACAAGGUGGAACAGAGCAUUUGGAGCUUUGGAGAUAUAGACAAACUAAUAAUGCAGGGUUACUCAUACGUGUGUGAAUGAAAAAAAAAAAAAACACAACUCCAGGUCUGUUUUUGAGGAGGAUUUGCGUAGUAUGGGACCUUUUAACUGGUGGUGGUGAAGAGGAGAUGGAGAGGCUGAGGAGAUUAAUUGUUCUGCUGCUGUGGUGGAGAUAGAAGAGUAGGAGCUGAAAUGGAAAAGUGGACCAAGAGUGAAUUUGUGUAUUUGAUUGUCUUUAGCUCUGAUUGGUUGAGAGGCAGAGGUAGCAGGGCUGUGAUUGGCUGAUAUGUGACAAGAGAGAAGAGCGAGGUUGAAAUCAUACAUAAGCUUCAUUUCAGGGAUUAUUUUAGAUUUGUAUGUUAAAGCCGCUGCAACUGAUUGAUUUUUACUGUUUUAAAAAAGUGGAAAACAAAACUAGCUCAUUUUGACUUAUUUGCAGUGGUCCAGAGUUAUUCCUCAGUUACCUUAUGCAUUCCGAGCAGUCUAUUUAUUCACCAUGAUGAGUUUCUAACUGCUUUAAACAACUUUCAGAGACCCGAGCGGAGUCUUGUUGUCAUGGUAAUACUAACAACAACUAGCAUGCAAACAGUGAACUUCCUGAAACACAUUAUAACACUACGCAACUGACUUAUUUUUAUGUUAACAGUGUUGAGGGUGAAGUUUAAUCAACAUUUAGACAUGGCCAUAAGCUGUUAUUUCUGCUACAGCUAAAGUAAAACCAUAAGAAUUAUAUGAUUACUAUACAAUAAAGUAAAAAACAUUUAGGAAAACUACCGGUAUUUGCUUAAAAGUGCAUUGUGUGUCUUUUCUGAUGGAUGGUCUGUCAAAGGUCUUUCUCAAUGGAAGUGUUAUUGCUUUGUCUGGAAUGUUUCACAAUAUGGUAUUAAAGCUUUCUAUCUUCAUGGAAACUAAACCACACCAAGUUACAGGUCAGAUUUGUGGAGAGGCGACUCCGCUCACCAUCAGAAUGUCUAUUUUUUGAGCAAUAAAACCAUCUGUAAUUAAAUAAACCUAAAGUAGAGCUGUUUAAUUAAGCAGAGCAAUAACACAUCCAUAGAAACCAGAAGGUGACGGAGCUCCAACCGAAAAGUUACAUGCACCCCACUUUUUAAGGAUGAACUACCACUACUACGCAUAGUUACUGCUUUACAUGUUCUGAAAUAUAAGAAUGACUGGAAUUGUCACGCGCACACACUUGUUUAUUAUUAUAACCAAUGUUUUUGGGUUGUUUUUUUUUUUACAAUAUAAUCAAUGUUUUCUAUAAGAGGGAUUAUUCAGUGAACCAUUUGUAAAUAAAGGGAUUGUAACACUA